CCCCCCCCCCCCCCCACCAUCGCACGAAACUCGGUUGUGGGAACAUCGGUUGCAGAGAUAUCUCGAUCGAUCAACCCAGAACUUGAUUGUACGAGGAGUCGAAUGGCUCCCUUGCUGAGGGAAUGUGGAUACCACGUGUUUAUUGAGCUUCAGCGGUCAACCUGGGCUUGGUCGUGGAAGUUUGGAAUAGCAGUAGAAGCAUCGGACCAUAUGCGGAUAGGGAAUACCUACCCGUGUCGUUAGAGCGUUGAAGCCGGUGAUGGGUUCGAGAUCAGUAUAAAAAGCGGACAGAGGCCGAUCGGAUCUCCGCCUUCACUAGCUCCCCGAAAACUCAAUCCUCCAACCAUGUCCUCCACCACCAACUCCACUCACCAGCUCCGCCUCGUUCUUGAACAGAAUGGUCUGAUCAACCUAUUCGCCGUAUCUUUUGCGUUCCUGCUAUUCAUCCGCAACCGCCGUGGCUUCCAUGAGCGGCUCCUGCUCGCAACGUCCCUUGCCUCUUUUGUUGCUGACUGCUUGCUCGUUUUCACGAGCGUGCCGUAUGAGGAGGUUAUGGAGAGGUUGCCAAGUAUCCGGGUGAUGACAUUCAUAGAAGUCAUCGGUUGGUCCAUCCGCGAGCUCGGCCUGACCCUCUACACCAACAAAAUCGUCUCCGUUCUCGACGUCCGCAACGCGCAAACCCUCUACCACCGCGUCUUCCGUGGCCUCCUCGGCUUGCUGAUCACCUGGCGUCUGAUUGACAUGUGCCUUCGAACAGCCGACCCGACGGCGAUGAAUACUCCAGGCAAGGUGGUCAAGACGGUCGACCCGAUAUAUCUGGGGAUGCUGUCGGUAUUAGAAUUGUGGUCGGCGGCAUUCUUGAUGCGGUUGACGAUUGCUCAUAUGAGGGAGACGGAUGCGAGUACGAAUGUGAAUGUGUUUUCGAAGCGAAUUUUGUCGACGGGGGUGUUUAGAGUUGUGGCUACCAAUCUGUUCCCCGCCAUCCGCCUGAUAAUGAACCAAACCAUCAGCUCCUCCUUUAACUACGGCGCGGACGCCAGCUCGAUAAUCUACUACCUGCAAGUGUCGAUGAACCUGAUGUACCUGAUUGAUCUCGUGAUGGUCAAAAUGGACUCGGAGUCCAUUUUCCGGCCACCGCGAACGCAGGUGUCGAGUGGGAAUCAGAUGCGUACGGCUGCGGGAUCGGUCAAGAAGGGGGAUCGGUCGGAUGUGAAGAAUGUGGGGAAGACGGAAAUUGGGAGUGGGGAGAAGGGGGUGAGAGUGGCGGUUGUUACUGCUAGGUUGGGUGCGUCGGAGAUUGUAUGAACCCAACGCUGUGCUUCAACUCCAUUCCCUUUGGUCAAUGCUCUACGAAUGUUCCAUGCGAACUGACAGUAUCCGACAGCGCGCCGAAAGAGCCGCCUGUCAGUGGACUUUUGUGGAGAUGAACUGAUUUUGUGCGUGCUCUCCAAUAUACGACUAUACGAC